AUGGUAGGACCACAUUCAAGAAGAAAUAGUGGCUACCAAGCAUUUCAACUGCAGCAGCAGCAGCAACAAUCUCAGCAAUAUAUGCAAUAUAAUGGACAGCGACAAAGAAAGCCUUCAUAUGGCCCCUUAGGUCCAGGAACAAACUCAAUGCUUUUUUAUCAAGGUGAACAGGCCAGAUCUCAAUACUUUCCUACACAACAACCGUAUUAUCAAACUUCCCCACUCCCAAAUGUACCACCAACUCCUUUUGACACUGCGUACGGUGCAACUUUGUUACCGUCUCAUUUGCUAAUGGGAUCGCCAUUCGUAGCCACACCAACCACCGGACACUCUCAGUCUGCUAUUUUUCAACAACCUUAUAUGAUGACGCCCAAUAGAGCCUCAUUCUCUCAGAUCCCAUCAAUGCUAAAUGUAGGGAACCCUCCCUCGGCAAGAAGACAAGGAAAUCAGAAUGAUCCCAAUAGACGUCGAAGCAGUUAUCGUUCGAAGGUUCCUGAAACGGAUCCAAAAACAUUGUUUUUGCAACCUUUCCGUAUGAGUUAUAAAAUAUUACCAUCUGGUGAUGAUGCAUAUAGAACAAGAUCUUUAUUAUUCGAAAAUGUUGUCAAUUCUAUAGAGUUGCAUACCUUCAUGACGGAAUUUGUUAGGUUUUCCCCUAUUGAGAGUGUGUAUUUAAUAAAUCACCAUGACUCUGAUAAACCAGAUGAUGAUACUGAAUGUAGAUCUAUCUUAUUAAGUUUUCUCACUAGAGAAGUUUGCCUAACUUUCUACAAUAAUGUAUUACAAAGAUUAAAAGAGUUUAAAGCUAAGUUGAAGUCAGAAAACUUACGUUUGAGUUUCGUCUCAAUAAAAUAUCAAGAUGAAAAUGAAGAAGAAGAAACCAAUAUAGUUGAUGAACCUUCCUUCUACACCAAGGAAUCUGUCUAUUUUGAAUUAUCAAAUCCACAAGCAACAAGAUCGAUUUUAAUUCAAUUUAAAAAUCCAUGUUCUGAACAAGAAUUAUUUGACAAGAAAUUGAAAUUUUUAAAUCAAGAGAAUAACUCAAGAUAUAUUCUAGAAUCCAUCGAUCUCGUCAACGUCACACAAACAGAGAACGAAUUUCCUAAACAUUAUGCCAUUUUAACUUUUAUAAACAUUCUUAUGGCAAUGGAAAUAUGCGAUUAUCUAAAGAUCCAUGGACCGAGAUAUGGAAUACAAGAUUGUAUGUUUGUUCAAGUGAUCCCAAAGGCUGUUUCAUGCGUAAGUUCAAAAAGAGCGUCUAUUAUUUCAAAAGAUAAUGAUAAUAAUGAUGAAACAUUAAGUUCUCAACAAAAGAAAAAUGACAUAUUGAAGAAUUCAAGCAUUAUAAGUUUACCAUCUGCGGAAAAUGACCAAGUUUCAGAUGAAGAGAAAUUAGAUAAACUAUCUGAAAAAUUAAAAAGUACUAAUAUCGAAGAAUUGAUAUUAAUCGUUGAUACUGCUACUUACCCUAGACCUUCCUUCUUAAGUCAUGAUGAACAUUUACCAAAUGCUACAUUAUCUCUAUCUUCUUCAUCUAAUCCAUUUGAGCAACAAUUGCCAUAUUCUUACGAGGAAGAUGAUGACCAAAGAACUAAUGUAAGAUCAGGUUCUUUACCAGCGAAUCCUCAAUUUCCAAACAUGCCUAAUCUACCUAAAGGGUAUAUUUCACCGAACCCAAACAUGAAUUACAAUACCCCGCUAAUGUAUCCAAAUGGAUAUUUUGUUAACGACCCUGCAUUUAGCAUGAACAACAAUUAUAAUAACAACACAAACUAUAGGAAUCCAAUAUCAAAAACAUUGGAGCAACAUGCAACAACAACCUCACAAGUGGUUAAUUCAUUAGGAGCAGAUGCAGGAAAUCGAACUAUAUAUAUUGGUAAUAUUAAUUCACGUUCUAAGGUUGAAGAUAUUUGCAAUGUGGUUCGUGGUGGUAUCUUACAAAAUGUUAAAUACAUUGAACAUAAACAUAUUUGUUUCAUUACAUUUAUUGAAGCAUCUGCGGCCAUUCAUUUCUACGCUAAUUCCUUUAUUGACCCCAUUGUCCUUCACAACCAUACUUUAAAGAUUGGAUGGGGUAAUUACGUAGAGCCAUUACCCAAAGCCGUUGCACUAGCUGUCACAGUUGGAGCCAGUAGAAAUGUUUAUGUCAGUCUCCCAGAAUUUGCCUUCAAGGAUAAAUUUAUUAAUGAUCCUGAAUAUCAAGAAUAUCACCAAAAAUAUAAAUUACCUCAAGCAGAUCAAUUAAGAAUAGAUUUUAGUAAAUAUGGUGGCAUCGAACAAAUUAAUUAUUUAAAGGAUAGUCAUUGUUGUUGGGUCAAUUUCUUAAACAUUUCGGCGGCAAUUCGUUUAGUCGAGGAUGCACAUAACCCAGUCGAAAGUAAAUUCAGUGAAAAGUUUAAUAAUCGUUAUGAUGGUUUAAUUAUUAAUUACGGGAAGGACAGAUGUGGAAACGUCAAUAAAAGCUUGAUGUCAAACAAAAACUCUAGAUUCUAUAAGAAGGUCAAGUCAAUAAGUAAUAAUGUUAAGCUAAAGGAGUUGGAAGAAAAGAGGAAAGCAGAUACUGAAAGACUAAAUAGUUUAAGGAAAACUAGUAGUUCUGAUGGACAAUUAUCAAAAUUAGAUGCUUUUGGUAUAGGUAUUGAUACUGUAUCAAACAAUGAAGAGGAUGGGAACAUCGAGAAGGGAAAUACACUUUCAAAGAUUGAUACUGAUGUUAAUGGAUUCAAUGCGCUAGGGUUUAAGAUUGAACCUAAGCAUGAUAUGAUGAAUGAAACUAUGGAUAAUAAUACAGAAGGAAAUAAUACUUUGGAAAACAUAAGCUCAGAUGAGUCGUCUAAUAUUGAACUAAUGAUUAGUUCUCCCAAGGAAUCUGUUCAAAAGGGAGACGUAAUUACAAAUCAGAAACCACAUUCGAACAAUCAUCAUAAUUUCAAGAGAAAUUCAUCAUCAAAUAGACAGCGAUACAAAGAAACAGAUACUCAGAACACACAUAGAAAUAAUAAUAAUUCCAACGCAACAUUUGCGCCAAACAAAGAAUUUGGCUUUGGUAUCUCUCCUAAUGUCGAUGAGCAUCAAAAGAACAAUAAGAAGCAUAACACCAAUGAUAAAGAAGCGAGGGUCAUUCCUGGGUCGGACGUUAUGGCGCAAUACUUGGCGCAGUUACAACAUUCGACAUUUAUGUAUGCCGCAAACAUUCUUGGAGCCUCUGCUGAAGAUGGGUCGUAUUAUGAUGAAUCAAAUGCAUAA